UGCUUACCCAUUUUACCCUCAUUCCACAUUGUCUUGCCCAUUUCUAAAUAAUCCUCCACUUAAUUAAUUUAUAGCCAAUGCAUCCAUCUUCAAGAAUCUAAAUAGGAAAAGGACAAAGAGUUGGUGGCAAACUAGCUAUGACCACCAAAACUCAUCACCGCCAUCUCCUCCUCCUUAUCUCCACCUUCUUCCACCUCUCAACCACCAUUUUUGCCAUUGGUGUCAACUAUGGCACUCUUGGCAAUAACCUGCCACCACCAUCUCAGGUUGCUAAAUUUAUCAAAACUCAAACAAUAAUCGAUAGCAUCAAGAUCUUUGACACAAAUCCUGACGUUCUUCGUGCCUUUGCCAAUACAGGCAUUUCUGUUACAGUUACGGUUGGCAAUGGGGAUAUUCCUGCUCUUGCCAAUAUAAAUAAUGCGCGUAGAUGGGUUGUUGCUAAUAUUGCACCAUUUUAUCCAAGAACAAGGAUUAAUCGUAUUGUUGUUGGUAAUGAAAUUCUUGCCUCUGCUAAUAAGGCUUGGAUUACUAAUCUUGUUCCUGCCAUGAGAAACAUUCACAAUGCUCUUCUUUCUGCCCGAAUCAGAGGAAUUCAGGUCACAACUCCAAAUUCUCUUGGCAUACUGUCAAUUUCCGAGCCACCAAGUGCAGGCCGAUUCAGGAACGGGUUCGACCGAGUUAUUUUUGCACCAAUGCUUCAAUUUCUACGUGAAACCAAAUCACCUUUUAUGGUUAACCCAUAUCCUUAUUUUGGCUACUCUCCACAAAUGGCAAACUAUGCUCUAUUCAAGCGCAAUAGAGGCAUACAUGAUAGAUUCAUUGGCAUUACUUAUUAUAACAUGUAUGAUGCAAUGUUGGAUGCUGUUUAUUCUGCUAUGAAAAAGUUAGGCUACGGUGAUGUAGGUAUUGUGGUGGGCGAGACCGGUUGGCCCUCACUCUGCGACCCGGGUCAACCUGCUUGUAGUGUGGAGAAUGCGGCUUGGUUCAAUGGGAAUUUGAUCAGACGAGAUCACCAAAGAAGGGGUACCCCAUUGAUGCCGAACCGACGAUUCGAGACAUUUAUAUUCUCCUUGUUCAAUGAAAAUCUUAAACCUGGUCCGACCGCUGAGAGGAAUUGGGGUUUGUUUAGGCCAGAUUUUAGUCCGGUUUAUAAUAUUGGGAUUAUGCACAAUGGACAGCCAAUUGGUGGUCGUCAUGGUGGAAGAAAUAGAUGUGGACCAAGACCAGCACCAAGAGUAGGAGGAGGAAAGAGGUGGUGCGUGCCAAAGACAGGAGCCAAUGAUCAAGCAUUACAAGCCAAUAUAAACUAUGCAUGCAGCCAGGGUGUGGAUUGCAGGCCAAUCCAGGCAGGUGGUGCCUGUUUUGAUCCUAACAAUGUGAGGUCACAUGCAUCUUUUAUCAUGAACUCUUUCUACCAAACCCAUGGUCGCCAGGAUUUCGCAUGUGACUUUGCUCACACCGGUUUCCUUACUUCUCUUAAUCCAAGUCAUGGCGCAUGCAGAUAUCUCUAAUACUGAAGGUUGAUAUUUAGAGGAUGGAUCAAGGCUCACUCUCUAUUGAGAUUCUUGAAGCAAUUCUUAUGUUUCAUUUAUCAUUUCAUUCUUUGAGAAAAAAAAAAAAAAGGUUAACGUCAAGGAAAGAGACCCUUUUCUCUAGUAUGUAAUCCACUGGUUAAAAUUGCAUAUCAAUUUUACCCCUAAUGCAAAAACUUUGGGUGAAGAGUUAAAGAGCAAAGAUGCCUCGUAUGGAAAGGAUAGAUCAGAAGGGCAAAACCACCUCGUGGGUGGGUAAGAGAGGCAAUCACUUAUAGACAUAUUUCAUGAAAAGAUUAUACUACAAUAAUACUAACAUUUUGACAUUUUUCA